AUAUGGGAGAGAAGUGAAGAGUGGAGAGCUCAGCGAUGAAGGACGUAACAAUGCGUCCGUUGCUUAGACACUCUGGAAAUCAUGGACAUGCCAUUGGCUACUAUGGCUAGCAACAGCUAACAUGCUCUAAAACAGCGUUUUGGAAAUGUUUAAAAGUUAUAGAAUUGAAUGAGAUCGGUAAUAGGCACGUUCAACGGCUACACAUUCAGAUUUUGCGUGCAAUUUCUACUGAAGUAAUAUACAUCUACAGCAAAAGCACACACAUCAUUCAACUUGCGGCAUCAAUCAUCUGGAGAUCAACCGAUUAUUUGUGAAGUAACCGCAUCCCGCAGACUAUCCGUAAUGAGCUGCUGUGAAGUCUGGAACAUUCUCUUGACCUUUCAACGCUAUGCGACGUUCCAUGGUCUUCUCCUUCCACGCAUCCUUGUCAAAGGGCCAAACCGCCAAACGUCAGGGGAUGAACGCUGACAGGGACAUUAAAGAAAGACAGACCCCUGUUUCAGUUUGAUCAGAUGUCGUUCUGCCUGGCGGAGCUGCAUUUGUGGUCCUUCAGGAGCAGCCUGCAAGUCGAAGAUAGAGAUAUUGGCACAUACCAAUUCUAUGACAAAGGAGAACCAGCUUCUCCUACAGAUCAGCAUUACUACAAUGAGAAACAGCAGUUUGCAGAGAGUCGGGGUUACCCAUGGUUCCUUAGUAACCGUCGUCCCGAGAAGCUGCGCGAUGCCCUAAAGGAACUAGAGGAGCAGCUGCAGUCAAGCACGGUCUUGAGUGUCAGAUGGAGAACCAAGCAGUGCUGUCAGAUGCUGUUGAGAUCUGGUGUGCUGGUGACUCUAAUCCUGGGCGGAGCUCAGGUUGAACGGGUGACCAUUGACAGAACACUGGUGGGGCGACUACCUGCUGACACCAUCAGUGAUGCUGUGAUUGGGGAUCGCAUCCUUCUGUUCUCAAUGAAGGAGAGGAGUCAGAUGUGUCAAGUUUACCUGAACAGGAAGAACCAGAGCUCACCUGAGCUAAAACGACACAGGGAGAAACUCACAGCUACAGAGAUUAAGGUAUCAGUUGUGGACUUACCUGGCGGAGGGCGCCGUGUGGAGCGUCGGGUGGGGCUUAACCAGGCGCAGGAUGUGGCACUGUGCUGGUGGCCGCUCUGUAACGAGGAAGUUAGACCUUGGUCUCCAGCCCCUAGUGCAACAGACAGGGCCAACCUGGUGCUGCUCGCAUGCUCGGACACCUCUGGGUUUACAAUCUUGAGCACCAUACGAACUGACGGAAACCCUAUAGACUGCAGAUUCAGCCUAAUGCAACCCUACCAUGUUCUCACUGUGGAGCUGCACCAGGAGGCCCGAAACUCCACAUCUGAGGUGCACGAGGAGGCCCAGCCUCCUGAAGUUCAAACCAGUGUGUAUGAGUGCGCCCGUGGGCGUCUCCAGCAUCUGUCCAGCACUCCUUUACCCCUCCCAUCCAAACCCAUUACCUGCAGCCGUGACCCGUUGGAGCGCUGGGUUCUUCUGGGGCUUCAGGACUGCUCCGUGGUUCUUUUUGAUCCACAGACAGGCCUCUCCCAGUGGGCCACCUGUUCUAUGGUGCCUUCUCUGCUGGCAUGGCACCCUUCAGGAGCUCUGCUGAUGGUGGGUGGAGGUCAGGGGGAGCUCCAGUGCUUUGAUAUGGGGCUUUCGCCUCUCCCUCUGCGGAUAGUGAGUGAGGAACAGUCUCCUGGUUCUGUAGGCCCUGGCCUCCAGCUCUCUCAUCACAUGAAGACCUCUGGGGGGCUAGAGGGGAUGCAAUGGGCCUACUGUCCGAUAUCCCAGGGGUCUGAUGGUAUGGAAGCACAUGACCUACUGAUGCUUUGUUUCCAUGGAGGGCCACUUGCUGCACUAAGGCUAAGGCUGGGUGUGUUAAAUGGAGCUCAGCUCGGCCCAGGCGAUCUGGUACAGCAUCGUUUGCGCUGUGGGGAGGUGAACGAAGCAUUGAGCAUUUUGGGGAAUAUGGACUGGGCCAUGAUGGGUGCAGAGUGUUUCAGGUCCCUCAUCUCCAUCACAGACCACUUGCUGAGGAGACCACUGGACCACCAGACUGAGGGUCAGUUAGAAGCAGCUCUUGGGGUCUUCUAUGCCCCCACUAGACCCCUGUCAAACACAGUCAUACUGGAGUACAGAGACCCCAUUAGCAGAUACGCCCGCCGAUUCUUCCAUCACCUGCUCAGACACCAGCGGUUUGAAAAAGCUUUCCUGUUGGCCGUAGAUAUCGGCGCGAGAGAUCUGUUCAUGGACCUCCAUUACGUGGCAGCAGAUAAGGGUGAGGUGGUGUUAGCAGCUGUAGCCAAGAAGAAGGCUAAUGAAAUAGACGCAGAGACACAAACAUCGGCACCAGAUGAGUGUCAGUCAGUGAACGGAGGACAGAGUGGAGUGUCUUUUUCAUCUGUACCAGACACACACACUGAACGCAAACUACAGGCAGCCGUCAACGAGAAUGAUGCUCACGACCCCAAAAACUGGUGUGCUGCAUCAAGGUGUGUGUUUAUGUCUGGUAGCAGGGCUGGAGAAAUGUUGACCUCUGAGGUAAAGGAUGACCUCUCUAACACCCUGAUAGGUCAUCGCACCUGUCCUUGGAAACACACAGAAAUCAACCUUGUUGACCGAGACACUCAGGUGCCUGAGGAAGGGAAACUGAAAGUUAUUCAUUUUGGUUUAGUGUAAAUAAUGUAUAUAUUAAAGAAUAAACUAGAAUAAAAAUUGUGUAAGUGACAAAAUGUGCUUAGAACUGUAAAACUAAUUUCAAAUAAAAAUAUUUUUGCUAUUAUUUUUCAUUCAUUUUUGCUGUGAAAAUAUGUUUUUAGUUUGAUGCACAGAGAUUGGUAAAAAAUGUCAUGUCAGUGAUUUGUCACACGCUGUCUUGGAAAAAGGGUUAAAAAAAAAAAAAAUCCUGUUUCUGGCCAGUACUGCACAGCUUUCUUUGAGUUAAAAAUGCAUGUUCUAACCUAUUUUUCCACGGUUCUUUCUCCUUCUAUUACAUAUAUUUCUUUAACCAUUUUUUUCUCAUGUGUCAGUCACUAUCACAAUAUCAAAAUGAAUAUGUGAGGUUCUGUGAAAGCAGUGUAAAGCUUUUCAAAUACUUUUUUAGUCAAAAAAUAAAAUAAAAAAAGACACUUCUCUUUCUUAGGGAAUGGUGGCACAGAAGCCACACUAGUAUCCCUUGAUCGCAGGAUCAGCGGUGCCGCAUGUGUUGGGUUGUUGACCGGGUUUUAUUCUCCACCUGUUUGGUGUACGAGAUUACAUGCAGAAGAAAUGCAGAGGGGAUAUGCAGCGCGUGUCUCUAAGAGGAGGUUGCCAUUUUCCCCACAUAGUCUUCAUACAUGGCAUCCGUUUCAGAACUGUCGCCGAUCUGCUCUCCGAACUUAAUCUGACAGCACCCAGCCAUCCAUAAUCCCUCACUGUAUCGUAAUCUAUUUACUCUGCAUUCUAAGAGGAUUUUUGUUUGUUAUUUUUUAAGUGUAUAUAUAUAUAUAUAUAUACACACAAGAUAUAUAAAUAUAUGAGUGAUGCUGGAAAUCGAGGAAGGGUCAGAAGAACCUUUUGUGUUCUUGCCUCUGUUUUUGUCUAAUCCUUUUUUGUUGUGUACAUACUAUUAUCAACAUUUCAUAUUUGAAGAAAGAAUGCACUGUUUCAUGUUUAUGUAAUUAUAUUUAAAAAAAUGAUAUAUUUUUACAGACUACACAUGAAGGUGAAGCACAAAGUUAAUCUAUUGUAGGACAGAGCUCAGGACACUUGUUUUUAAAGAUGGCUAAAAAUGUUGGUUUAUAUUACACUUGUCAGCAUAUGUUAUGGAACAUGAGUAUUUUUGACUGCAAUAUGCCUGGCCUGAGUUCUAUAUAUCUAUCCCAUGUAGGAAGUCACACCAUACAAUUAAAUCUCAAUAUGGAAUCUACCCAAAUUCAUAAUUUCAGUGUUUACCACAGACAGCUAUAUUCCUAGAAACAUUGAGCUAAAAACUAAUUGUGUUUUGUUUUGCAAGUUGUAAUAUGGUCCACUUAAAAUGUUUAAUGUAAAUAAUCAGGUUAAGUUCAUUAUUGCAGAUUUCUCUUAGUUGGUAACAUCGGAUAAACACAAAAAAGUCCUACCUGGAACAACAUUUAUAAUGUAAUCGCUUGGGACUUAUUCAAAAUUACAACUUGUGCACAUGAAUUGUACUACUUCAGUAAAGAGGACUUGUAGCAGAAAGCUUUACAGUAUGUGUAAUUUGUGUAUGCAUCAUUAUAACUUUUCAAACAACUCACUGUCAUUAAUGUGUAACAAUAAUCUGAUUAUCUCUUAGUUUUCAUGAAAACGUUUCUAUUUUUUUUUAGUCUGGCUUCCAGUCCAAAUUUUGUGCUAUAGUAACAUUUUACAACAGACUAAAUCACAAAUCACAGGAAAUGGCAACCUUUAAAUUCUGUGUUGUCAAACUAAGAAAAUGUUUUGGGUCAAGCACAAAUUUUGGCAAAGUUGCUGAAAUCUGA